GUACUUCCAUCGACGUCACGUUACCAGGGAACCAAGACUCUUCUAAAAGCGGCUUUUAUGUCAACAGAAAACGCUGUCCGCCUCAGUCUUUCUUUCUUUCUUUCUCCGAGCAGCACCUACAUCCUGGCAUCUGUAUCGUGCUGUUACACAUUAUCUUUGUGAUGUAGGGACAAUCUGUGAUAAUUGCAGUAUGUUCGGUCUGUGCUGUGGCAACCUUCGGAGUACUCCCAUGUUGCAAAGCACCCACUAAAAUAGAGGCGACCCAGGUUGAGAUUAGACUUGACCAGAGGCUGUAUCUACCUGCGCUAGCUCCCUCACCAGACCAUAAUGGAAGUUGUUGGUAACAUGGGUAGUGCAGGUGGUGUUGGUGUUACAACACCUGUCCGACUGGUAGUUGAAGCUGAUGGGGGAGAAACAACCAAGUACAGGAAGGUAGACUCUACUGGAAAUGAACGUAUUACCGAUAUAUUCAUCUGCAACUCUCAUGGUAAUUAUAAAGAUCCUGUGCCACAGAAUUCUGGUGAUUUGGACUUGCACUGUAGAACUUCUGGAAAAAGGAAUCUGGCAUUAAAAGUAAUUGAUUUAUCAAACUCUGUAAAAAUUUCGUCUGUGUCACAGUGUUCUCAUAGAAAACAGAACAAAAGCUCAGCAGUCAUCACAGUUUGUGACACCAAGUCGUCUGUCCCAUCAUCUGCGUCAUCUAUUUUACCAGUUGGAUGCAAGCAAGAACAUUCCUUCGAAGGUCUCUCUUCAUCGGCCAGUAUCCACGUAGCCAAAAUGGCUUCAGAUAUUUUGCCUUAUAGACCCAAGCAAUUAAGCUCUGUAGAGCCUAUUCAAAUAAGACUGCAGAACAAGCCAGAUACUAUCAGUAAAAUUAUUGUGUCAUCAUCUUGUAAUAAACGAAAGUCUCAGCCUCUACAUAGCUCUGCAUUGGCAUCUGUGAAAACUUCCAUUGUGAGUGAUUAUCAUGAAAAUCCGCAGUGCAUCAGCGUGAUGGAGGAACAAGUGCCUCUACUGACUGAAAUAUCAGACAGAUCUGCUCACAGUGCUACUAGUGCCCAAAAUUGCCAGACUGUAAUGAUGCGAGUCAAUAGCCUAGGAGUACUGGAAUUAGACCCAAUGUUUCUGAAUGCAGAUACCUUAAGUGAAUUAGAAGUUGAAGAGAUUUCUUCAGGUAAAACAGAGGAACUUAUUGUUGCAGAUGAAGAUUCUGUAGAACUUCAACCAUCUAAGACGCAAGGGGAGAAUGGGAAUGCCAGUGUAAACCAAAAUUGGUUCACUUCUCGUGAGGACAAAGAGAUGUUCAGAUGGCGUGGUCAUGCAUGGCGCCAGGGAAUGUGGUCAAAGGAAGAGACGGAGCUUCUCCAAAAGAAUAUCAUGGAAUAUUGCAGUGAUCGAAAUCUCUCUGAUCCUGGCUCUGUUAUUUUCAAAAUGACUAAAGAAGAGCGAAGCGGAUUUUACAGGAUCAUUGCAAAAGGCCUUAAUAGGCCACUUUUUUCGAUCUACAGAAGAGUAAUUAGAUUAUAUGAUAAUCGAAAUCAUAUUGGAAAGUAUACAGCAGAGGAGGUGAACAAGCUACGGGAGUUGCGUAUAAAACAUGGUAAUAAUUGGCAAGCAAUUGCUGCACUUCUUGGUCGCUCUGCUGCAUCUGUAAAAGAUCGUUGUCGCCUACUAAAUGAAAAUUGUAAUAGAGGAGCAUGGACUGUUGAAGAGGAAGAUCGUUUGGCUAUGGCGGUAUACGAAUUAGCAAGUGUCUUUCCCGGAGAGCAGGUCACUUCUGGGAUAUCUUGGGGCGAGGUUGCUGCCAGGGUUAAGACUCGUUCUGAAAAACAGUGCAGAACAAAAUGGUUGAAUUACUUAAACUGGAAAAGAACUUCAGGUGUUGAAUGGAGCAAAGCUGAUGAUAUUCAGCUAAUAUGCAGGCUAAGUGUCUGUGGUGUAGAAGAAGAAUCACAAGUUGACUGGGCAGUUUUAGCACGUGGGUGGCCUGCUUGUCGAUCACCACAUUGGUUAAGGGGGAAGUGGUGGAACUUAAAGAAAAGACUCCCUCACACUUCAGAGAAUAGCAGUCUUGGUGAAAUGUGUCAGUUGCUGUACAAUAUGCAGUCCCUGAAUCUCUUACAGUCUACCUUAGUGGAGUUGCCUACAGCCGGACCAGCUUCAACAAAUGCAACAGGUGUUUCUGCGUCAGUAGAAGAAAAGUCAUCGGGAUUAGCUGAAGAGAAUUUACCAUCUGGAACUGUUAAGCUUUGCAUACCAGCAUCAAAUUUUGCAAAUAUCAUCAACUCAGAUACUAAAAAUGACGAUUUUGCAUCAAAGUUAAGUGCCCUAGUGCAAACAGCUGUAGUGGUUCCCAGUGGAGAAGCUGCUUCUAGUCAACCUGUAACAUCUUUAGUGUCUCAGACAAGCAACUUUACAUCUCACUCCCUCUCACAAAUGCCAUCACCACUUUCUACCCAUCUAACAUCCUCACUCUCAGUAUGUUCCAAGGCUGAGGCUGUUGUUGUGGAUAACUUAGAGGAUUCGAUGAUCCAUCUUUCUGAGGUGACAAGUGGUGAUGUUGGCCAUAAUGUGUUGCUGGAGCAAGCAAAUCUUCAAACUGCUGUGAAAGAAGAAGAUGUUUUGAGCGAUGGUGAGGUCACGAAUACUCAAACAAGUUUAACGACUAGCUUAGAUCCUUCAUCGCCUGCUGUUACAUCUCAAGUUAUUCUAAAUGAUCCUAUCCUGUCAGUAUCUGGGGAGCCUUUGGGACAAGAAGAGGGUUUACAUCAAGACCAUGACGAUACGGACAUUGUUAUCGUAUAAUUGUCACUGAAAAUAAUUACAUUUGUCUUCAACAUCUUGCUUUUGUGUAGUAUUUACUGUAUUUUUCUUCUGUUUAUUGAAUACAACUAGUUUGAAAUUGUAUCCAGCAGUUGUUGAUUGUUGAUUUUAUUCAACUGAUUCUUCAUUUUAUCGAAAUAAAAGGACCAAGGAUUUUAUAAUAAAUAACCAUAAAUUUUCUCUUCAUA